AAUCCGUCCGGGAACGCCCGGGGCCGGGCGGCGCCGUUCCGGGACCUGCUGGCCGGUGCGGGUCUCGGCGGGUGCGGGUCUCGGCGGCCUCCGGGUGCUUCCGAGCGCCGGCUCACAGAGGGCACGAUGAGCCGCAUCUACCACGACAGCGCCCUGCGGAACAAGGCGGUGCGCAGCGCGCGGCUGCCCGGCGCCUGGGAGCCCGCCGCCCACCAGGGGGGCAGCGGCGUCCUCUUGGAGGGACAGCUGCUGGAUGUGUCUCGGCACUGCAUCUCGGAUGCCCGUGGCAGCAAGGUGAGGCUGUGUCCUCAGUGGCUUCUCCGUCUUCACUCCCUGGGCGUCUCCUUGUGCUGGGCUCUGCUCCUUCCUGGUGGACUCCUAGCGUGGGAGCGCUACUACGUGCUGUACGUCCGGCCCAGUCGCAUCCAUCGCCGUAAGUUCGACCCCAAGGGAAAGGAAAUCGAGCCCAACUUCAGUGACACCAGGAAGGUGACCACCGGCUUCCUCAUGUCGUCCUACAAGGUGGAAGCCAAGGGGGACAGCGACAGGCUCACGCCCGAGGAGCUGAUGGCACUGGUGAACAAGCCCCAGCUGCUGGCGUUGACGGAGAGCCUGGCCCCUGAUGGGACCGUGGCGUUCUGGAUGCCUGAGUCAGAGAUGGAGGCCAUGGAGCUGGAGCUGGGGGCCGGGGUACGGCUGAAGACUCGGGGCGAUGGUCCCUUCCUGGAGUCAUUAGCCAAACUUGAGGCUGGUACAGUGACCAAGUGUAACUUUGCUGGCGACAGCAAGACAGGCGCCUCCUGGACAGACAACAUCAUGGCCCGGAAGUCCUCAGAAGCGGCCACGGCGGAGGUCCGCGAGCAGGGAGACGGAGCCGCAGACGAGGAGUGGGAUGACUGAGUUACCGGGACACAGACACCUCCUGAGCCCACCAGCACCUCCUACAACACAAGUGGGAAUGUCUUCCAUCCACUACCACCACCUGGAGCUGGAGCCCACUGAGCCUUACCUGGUUCCUCCCGACGGCCGCCUUGCCUUAUUGCUUGAACAGGCUCUGCUGAAACCAAAUCCAAGACCGUGACAUUGGCCGUGGGGCCCUCGCUGUGGCUCGCGGCGGGUCCUUCCUGCCCAUGUUCAGGACGAGCCUUCCAGGAUGGCAGCCUUGCUUCGGGGGCAGGCGGAGGGCAACUUCCCCUUGAGCUGCCCGGCGGAGCUGGACUCGGUCUUGGUGCAGACUUGGGGAGCGUCCCAUGUCCACGUGCGGAGUGGCUCAGAGGAGUCGGGGGGCUCCCUGCUCCAUCCUCGUUGCCUCCUACUUUCCUUCCACUCCUUCCCCCUCCCUGGUGCUCCGUGCCGUGGCCUCUGCUGCCCUGUUCACCUCGCCCUUGGGUGCCGGUUCUUUCUCCCUUCCCUGACUGUCUCCGGGGCCUCCCUGGCUACGUUCCUGGAGGAUGCUGUUGGCAGGGAGGCCGAUGGUGUUCACAGGUGUGGCUGGCUGGUCUGCCUCGCCCAGGCUCACUCUGCCAAGGCCACAUUUUGGAGAACACUUUUGUAGUUGUUUUGUACCUUGAGAACAUUUUAUCACGAGUAAAGCCUCAGAAAACAA